AUACUCCUCAAACUGACGAAUCGAGAAGAUGGAGGAAGGUCGGCGCCGCGAUGGCGUCGCAUUCUUCGAAUGGUCAUGCGUCGGUGGCUCAACUUCGUGACGUUGUUGGCCCUCGGAGCCCCCAGCGAAAGCUUCUCGGGGGACGUGACGGCGUACUCGGACAAGUGGGAAGGCGGAAACUGUGGAUUUAACACGAUCGCAGGCGAUGGACGGACCUUCUUUGCUGCGUUGAACGCGCCCCAGUGGGGAGAUAAGAUGGAAUGUGGCCGAUGUGUGCGGGUCCGGUGCACAAGUGCCACCUGCAUCGGUCGCCCUGCCAUCACAGUCCUCAUUACAGACCAAUGCCCCGAGUGCAAAGUGGGCGACUUGGAUUUAUCCAUUCAGAGCUUUAAGGCACUGACGGGUCGUGAUCCGGCCCGGUACAAGAUCGAAUGGGACUUUGUGGAAUGCCCCGUCGAGUUCGUCAACGGGGGCGUCGAGUUCGACGUGAAGGAUGGGUCAAAUGCGUACUGGUGGGCGCUUCAGCCGCGCAACUUUGCACAAGCCAUUCGAUCGGUGGAACUUAAGGCUCAAGGAAGGGAUUGGACAAUGUUGGCAAACCCGUCGUCAAACAACAUCGACUCGUUCUAUUUCCUCAAGAAAGACUCUGAGGGGCUCCCCCUUGGACCGUGCCAGAUUCGGACGACGUCGACGAUGGGAGAAGCGCUCGUUGAGUCGUUCGAUCACUUACCUACCAGCGGCACCCUCUACGGCGCGAGCCAGUUCUCGAGGGUUUCAGCCCCCCUGGCGACCCUGCCUCCUGAAUCGCCCAACCCAACGUCCAAUCAACUUCCGAAAUCUCCAAACCUCCCAUCCACCAACGUCCCCUCAUCGAAGGACUCUCCUGCAAACUCCCCGAGCACUCCAUUGUCAACCAUCGCGACGACAUUGCCCCCAAAGGAAACCCCACUGGCCCCCGCCACGACCGCUAAAGCGACUGGCCUCCCACUUUGUAAUCCAUCAACAGCCUCGUACGAGCUGAAGCAAGGGGAUGGCGGGUUUGCCUUGCAAGUUUACAUCACAGAAGGCCCACCAUCGAAAAAAGCGACGUGGGUCGUUGACGUAACUGCGUCAACCGAUACGGCCGGCUACAUCACUGGUAUUUCUGACCCAUGGAACUGCGAUUGGAGUCGGACCGACAUGACUCUGCACUUGACACCCCUUCCGACGCGUCCAUCAUUUGAAGGGCCAAACCAUGUGGGUGUGAUUGGUACCGCCACGAAUACUGUCGCGUUAGCCUCGAUCACGUUAACCACGAAGGGGGAGGCGCCUUGCAGCAUUCCCCCCGUCGUGGGAACGAACCCAAUCGGUUUUGCCGCGUCCGAGAAAGCGACGGAAGGGCCAAGUGCAGGGGCGAUCUUGGGCAUCGCGGCAGCCUGCGUUGGUCUAGUCGCGGCUGUCAUUAUGGUGAUCCGAGUGCGACACCAAUCACGCGCCAACCCAAACACGCCAGGAUUUGGCGGUAUGCUGACCCCCAUAGACUUUGCCGUGACCACGCCCGUGGCAGUGCUUUGACGGAGUCGAAGCGAUGUCGACUGAUAGUGCCUUUUCGCAUUUCAAAAAAGUACACGCGUUCAAAGUACGGUUUGUAAGUACUAUACGUACAAUUUAUCAACACAAAGUUGAUAUACUACGGUACACUAGUACGAGUACGUCGAAGGACAACGUAUUGAAAGUAGUACCUAGUUAAUACCAGUAUUGUUCAAA